UCAGAUCUAAAAUUAAUCCCUGACGAGCGAGCCGGGGGCGAGGGAAAAACUCCCUGAGAUGACAUGAGGAGGAAACCUUGAGAGGAAUCGGACUCAAAAGGGAAUGAAUCUACACGAUGAAUCCAAAAGCGCAAACUGUGUAAUCAAGAAAUUCACCACAGGCUCAACGUGAAGUCAUGAACUGUCCACCGAUGGAGACCUGAGUCCUAAACCCGCAACCGCAGUCCGGCGCGAUCUUCACGGGUUCCGAGUAUGUCCCCUGGGGCGUCCGCAUCACCAAGCGACGAGACCACAGUGGUCCUUUAUUCGUACAGUAACGCUGCUGUGAGAAUAUUCUAAUAAGCCCUCUGUAUACUGUAGUAUCAUUAUUACCAAGCUGCAUCUUUCCUUAAAGAAUAGCUAUAAAGUUUUGUUUGUUUUUUUAAAACACAAAAACGUGGCUCUGGAAACAGAAUCAUCAUGUAAAACGAGGUGUUGUGUGAAGUACCCGUUACCAGUUAGGUCCCUAAACAACUUUGUAUUUCUACUCUGUGCUCUUUCGUCUCGCUCUUUGCUUUCAGAAAUUGCCUCCGGGCCCCUGGUGUGGAUUUAAUGGUCAAUAAUUUGAUGUUUGUCCAGCGGUAAUGAGCCAGCAAGUCUCACUCCUACGCUAAUGACUAGCGUGCUGAGCUACAGUUAGCAUAACAUUCGAACGGUUGAAGGUCACUGGCUUGCAAUUGCGUUAAUCCGUCCUCUGUGCGGCGAAGCCGUGCUGUAAAGCAGGAUUUCUCUAACCGCUGUCUUUUGGGAUCCUGUGGCAAUGCGGUACUCGUCUGAAACCCGUAUCAUCCGUUAAACACGGCAUCUAAUAGUAAACAAAAAAAGUGCCGUAAGACGUCUGCUGUGACGAGCCUGCGAGCCUCCCCGCAUGCUUGAGGUAUCUAAGCGACAUUUACGUUUAGAUUUGUUUUAAUUCGAUUUGAUACAAAUUAGGUAUGAUGCGAUAAAGCAACAAAUCCUAAAGACUGGCUCAUCUCCUCUGCGUAGUGAAGCUCAGACGUCUGGUCUCAUGGUUGUUUCUCUGACUAAUCCCGUCUUUACUUGCCCUGCUGAAAAAACCCCCAGUAGAAAUCCUUAUAGAAUUUGUAAUGCUUAUAAUCCAUCCAUCCAUCCAUCUUCUAUAUACCACUUAUCCUUCAGGGUCGCAGGGAACCUGGAGCCUAUCGCAGGGGCCAUGGGGCACAAGGCAGGGGACACCCUGGACGGGGUGCUAAUACAUCGCAGGGCACACUCACAUACACGUUCAUUCACUACGGACACUUUGGACAUGCCAAUCAGCCUAAUAUGCAUGUCUUUUGACUGGGGGAGGAAACCGAAGUACCUGGAGGAAACCCCCGCAACAUGGGGAGAACAUGCAAACUCCGAAUCGAACCCCGAACGUGUGAGGCGAACGUGCUAACCACUAAGCCACCAUGCACUCUUAAUGGUUAUAAUGGGAAUCGUACUGAUUUUCAUGGAAACUGUAAUGAUCCCUGUGGGUCUCUACUGGUAAUUUCUUGCCUUCUAUUGGUGGCGUGUUAUGUCUAGUGGAUACUGUUAAGGACCAGUAAUGCUUUUAAUGAUUAGCUGAUGGUUUGUAAUGGUAUUUGUAGUGGAAACCAUUCGGAUUUCUGUAAUGCAGAAAUCUUCAAUUUCUUCGGAAAUUCUUCAGCAGGGUGGUACUGAUUUUUGGUGGACGGUUUCCUCAAGUCACGGUCGUGCCAUAUUCUUUUAAAAAAAAAAAGUUAACGGAUUAGCGUCGCUCUGGAGGAGGAGGAUGUUUAGUUGUACCUCAAUGUCUGGCCAUUUCUCCCAGGUCUUCAUGAUGCGGUUUGUUUAGCACAGGAGGUUUUGAAGAAGGGGUACAGGAGUUUAAGACAGGUGAAUAUUUGGUGAGGUGAGGCAGUGUAGCUUGUUUCGAAGGCAUUCCACAAGAUUAAAUGCACAAGAUUAAACAUGUUCUUUAGUCGAUGAAAAAUUUGUCAUUGCUGUGGAAUCUAUGAGGAAUAUCAUGCUUCAGGACGUGCUGUUAUUGGAAAAUAAUCCACGUCUUACCACUUGGUAAGAAUAACAUAGAGAAGAGCAUCAGACUGAACGAGAGACAGAGAGAGGGAGACAGAGAGAGAGACUGACGAUGCCAAUCACAUCCCUCUGUUGUCUCGGCGGUUAUGUUGGCGCAGCAGGCCCGGGGGUCGCCCCUUCACGUGGCUGAAACAUCUGCUCCAUCGUGCGCCUCUUCUUUCCAACCUGCACCUGUAAUAAGGCGAGCUCUAAUUUGCAUAUUAAAUUGGCAGGAAGUCGAGCGCUCCUCAUAUCAGCGAUUAUAACCGCGACGGUGCUCCGGCUGUAAUUUCACACCUCAGAGAUGCUGGAAUAAUGAACUUUUCCGCCUGGUUGAGUUGUACGUAGCUCUUUGUGCACCUAAAUUGGAACAAAACGCCGACCAAAUGAUCGAGUUAAAAUUUCAUCUCGGUUUGUUUAAUGUUUAUAUCUGAGCACCGAGCGCGUGGUCCAGGAUAACCACGUCACUGACGUGACUUAACGCAGGCACGCACUAAUACGCACGACGUUUUCAAAAACUUCAGUCAUGUGCAGGCAUGUUCCUAGACCAGGAACAGGAGACAUCACAAUAAUCAUCAUCAUAAUAAUUGGAAUAAUAAUAACCAAUUAUCCAAUCAUUAACUUAGCACAUGGAGCGAUUUAGCAUCACAUGUCCACCUCCGAGCAUGCUUUAGGUAAGUGGGAGGAAACCAGAGGACUUGGAGUAAUCCCACGCAGACACGUCGAGCAAAGGAUCGAACCUUGGAGCUGUGACGCCACAACAGAUACAUCUUGCAUGCAUUAAUAUAUAAUAGAUACACUCUUUAAAUUAGGGUUCUAGAUAGAUCCAUAGAUAAGCAAUAUUGUGAUUUAUUUGUCUAUUGAGUAAUUGGUUAAUUAGCAUUAUAUAUGAUAUAGUAGUUUACAAAGUUUAAUCGAUAGAUGGAUAGAUAAACAAUGUUUUGAUUUAUUUGGCUAUUGAUUAACUGGCAUUAUAUGUGAUUAUACAUGAUAUAGCCUAGUAGGAUAGAACGUUUAAUAGAUGGAUAGAUAGAUGGAUAGAUAGAUAAGACAUGUUUUCAUUAAUGUGUCUAUUGAGUAAUUGAUUCAUUUAGUUAAUUAAUUUAGAUUAGUUUAGAAAGUUUAAUAGAUAGAUAGAUAGGCAGAUAGAUAGACUUAGUGUUGACUGUCUGAGAAGAGAUCAUUCCGCGUAAGAGCUCACUUCGCUGCUGUAUCCCUCCGCCGCGCGCUACAGUCCGUGACGCUGAGGCUCAGAGCGCAGUAACGGAGCAGCGACGGAGAGACUGCAACACACCUCUGUCUCUCUCUCUCUCUCUCUCUCUCUCUCUCUCUCUCUCCAUCACACCGCCAGCACAACAUCUCUUUCCCCGGGUGUGGAUCUAUCCUAGGGAUCGGGGUGUGCGCGUGGAUGUGAGGCGGUGUCCUCUAGCAGAGGCGACAUGAGCGCGUUCCGGCUCCUGCUGCGGAGUUUCCACUGUGUGGGACUCUACAUCCAACUUAGUGGCCCUUUCUCAUCAUCCGCCCAGGUGGAGAACCGCAUCUCCAGCAACGCGCUCUUCACAGAGAUCCCUCAUGACAUGACGGCGCACAGCGGGCAGGACGUGGAGAUGGCCUGUUCGUUUCGGGGAUCAGGCUCGACUUCUUAUUCUCUGGAGAUCCAGUGGUGGUACAUCAGGAACCACAAAGAGUGGACAGACAAGGAGACGUGGACCACCAACCAGGUGGCGCCUCAAGACGAGAUGUCAAAGGACGCCACGAAAAUCAGCGUGGUGAAAGUGGCCGGCAGCAACAUCUCCCACAAGCUGCGCCUGUCCAGCGUGAAGCCGUCUGAUGAGGGCACGUACGAAUGCCGCGUCAUCGACUUCAGCGACACCCGGCCUCGGCACCACCGCGUGCGCGCCUACCUGCAGGUGGAACGGGACGAACGCGACGGCGCAUCUGCACACCACCGGGGGGCAGCGGAGUCUCAAAAACACCAACCAACAUCCCAGCACGGGCACCACAAAGCGGGCAGGGAGCUCAGGAAGAGGGCCGCCGACGACACCAACACUGACUGCACAGAGAGCUGUGCACUUUAGGGCCACACACAAACACACACUACGGUCCAACACCCUAAUCUGUUUACCUAUAGCUUUCCUCCCCAGAUCUUAAUACACCGUGUAUAUUAUUGUAUAAAGCAAAAGUAAAUGUUCUUUCAGAUGAGCCGGUGCAUGUCGCGAAAUGUUUCUUACGACGUUCGCUGUUUUCGCUUUGAAACUUGAAGGACAGAAACAGACAGAACAGAUUUUAUUCUGCUUCACCGUUGUUGUUGUUGUUGUUUUGCUUUAAUACAUUCAUUCACAGGACAGCUGGGAGAAAGCGUGCCAUGUCGAGAUAACGACAGACUCCUACAGAUGUCUGCAAAUCUUUCCAAAAGCCUAACUUUGGAUCCGCACACGUCUUAGCGGGUGAAGGUUUCUCGAACGUGGGUGGGAAUUUAUCACCUAUUUCUUAUUAUGAGAUUAUUACUGAUCAAAGAUAAGAUUAUUCAGCUUGUUUUGUAGAUGUUUAGUGAGCAUCAUCUUCUUCUGUUGGCAGACCAUCGAUUCAUUCUAGAAAUUAAUGUGUCAAAUUAGCCAAUAGAUCAAGCUUGAAAUCAGUAAAACAUGUCUAGAAAUAGGUUCAAUACUAUUAAUAGAUCUGGUUGAUUGUAAUCGUAUAACAGGAAAUACUGGAUAAAGUUGACGAUAUUUGAGAUAUUUUCACUCGCUAAGAUGUCAGAGAUGAUGGAGAGUCAGCGGGUUGUUAAAAAAAAAAAAAAAAAAAAAAAGACUGGGUGAUCAGGAUCCUGUAUUACCCUGAUGUGUAUCUGUGUAGUGCUCCUCUCUGUAUUUGGAUUUAAACUCGAGGUGGAUGUGGAUUGACCUCAGAAAUAGAAAUGCCAGUGUGGUGUGUGAAUUUUGGCUCUGACAGUUCCUCAACCUCAGCUACAUCACUCCAGGUCCAAACUCAUCUAUACGAAGGAGGGAUUUAUUUUAUUUUAUUUUUUGUGGUUUUUGAUGAUCAUUUCUAGAAAAUUUACUCGGCUCCUAAAAUACAAGCGAACUAGUACCCUAUUUAAACCAGUGUGAACUUGACCAGGCUGUUGCACGUUCAUGUUAAUGUUAAUGAAUGUGCCUUAUGUAUUUUUUCUGGAGCUUCUUUUGUGAUCCCAGUCCUGACGGUCAUCUAGUCUCAACAGAAAAAAAUAAAGUGUGUCAACACAUCCCCCCCCCUUCAUAUCUCGUAUUUGUAUUUGUUUAGAAAAUGUUGUCAGUUCGAUCCAAAUAACAACAACGCAGCACUUUGGGGACGUAUUGUUGGAUGGGAAAUAAGUCCACAGUGGUGUGGCGUGACGUGCACCAGCGUCGACAGUGUACCUAAUAAAAUGGCAGUGAGUGUAUUUACAUGGCAAAUGAGUUCAUAUCUUAUUAACGCUUAUAAUUCCACUAACACUGAUGAUAGAUUAAUAAAACACUCAUUAAUGCACUAAAUACACGUUAUUUUACUUUAUUUUUACACUUUUCCACACCAGUCAUUUGACAACUGAAGUAGGAGUGCACUUUUUUUGCAAAUGCUUGGGCUGGAAAAUAAAUAAAUAAAUAACUCGACUUGAUAUGUGACUUGACGCUGGACCACGUGCACAAACCUUUAUAUUGUGUCAUGUUUUAUUCAGUGUGUAAAUACGAUGUGGGCCAGAGGGUGCCAAAACUUUCCUUACAUGACCCCUAUAACCCCCAAUCGUCCACUCAGACGGUAAAUAAAAUAGAGUUUUCAAUUAUUAAAGCGUUUCAGCUACGGCUCAGACCCUGGGAGCUGACUGGAUGUGGAUGUUCAGGAUAUUGUAAAAUAUUCAGUUUUUCUGUUCUUGGUCAAUGAUUUUAAUGUAUAGCUAUAUAUGAAGCCUUCAUUUCUGGAAUUUUUUUUUUUUAAAUGCUUUUUGGUUUUGUAAAAGAUAAAUGUAAAAACGUUACAUGUUUGAAUAUCCUCUAAAGUGUUGGUUUCAUCUUAAAUGUAUGCUUUUAUCAAAUAAAAAAAACAUUAUACACAGA